AUGGUGAUUGACAUAGCUAAGAAGUACCUCAGGGAAAAUUCCCUCAUCAGCAAGUGGAAAACUUUGCAAUCUGCCCCUAUGGUUUUGGAUUGGAGUUGGAUUAAAACAUGGAAUCUGCCAGAUAGCUUCCUUCAAUAUGACAAUUCAAAAAAGAUGGAGAGGCUUAAUACUAGAUGGUCAACACCUCUCCCCCCUUGGCUCAAGCUUAAUUUUGAUGGUGUUGCUCGCAAUGGUUCUGCGACAGGGGGUGGAAUUAUCAGGGACAGCUUGGGCAACCUGGUUUUGCCCUAUGCGGGAAAUUUUGACUCUGUCUCGAGCAACAUGGCCAAAGCCCUUGCUCUCUUUUGGGGGCUUAAGCUGACUCUUGGCAUCAAUAUUAAAAGACUGAUCAUUGAAGGGGACUCUAAGCUAAUUAUUGAGGCCACUAAAGGAAUUUCAGGGAUGAGUUGGAUAUUCAACAACGUCAUCAAGGACAUCUGGUCCAUGAUAGUCUGGCUGGAGGAAUUUCAAAUUCAGCAUAUCUAUAGAGAGGGAAAUGCAUUGGUGGACUCUCUGGCUGCGACAAGGCUGGAGAUAAAGGGUAUGAGGUGUUGGAGACACCUAGAUUCUCUUACGGACAAGUAG